AUGUCGCACAACAUCAACAUCACCAACCUCUCCGGCCAUGAUCAGGACUUCGAAUUCCACGGCUGGAAUAGUAAUCAGAAUAUGACGGUCCCUGCGGGUCAGACAUCUGUUAUCAGCGCAGCGGAUGGGUCAUCGGGCGCAAUAAUCGCGCUGCAUUAUGGUUUCGAAGGCGAGCAGGCCGAGAUCACCAAAGAUGGAUUUGGCGGGAACGACUUCAUCGAUAUGAGCAACAUCAUGGGAGCCGGCGGCAACAUGACAGUCCAACAAGUCAAUAACCCAUCCACCCGCAAAGGUGACCCAAUCUUCAUGCAAAACCUCAACGCUGCGUGGCAAGCAGCGGACGGUCCCACCAAGCAAUCCUUGCAGCCAUGCGUGCAACUUGAUGGCAAUGGCAACGUAGUCAGAAUCGCCGCUCUCAAGGAUUACCCCCAGCUGGAGACGUUCGUCCGAUCUUUCGCCGAUGGACAAACCUAUAUUGGCAAUGGCGCAUGGGGUGGAAUCUCAGGAAAUCCUAAUGACAAUAACCAGUCAUCAGCUGCGCAGGGGGAUACGGAUAUCCAGGUAACCUACAAUGAUGGCGAUGCAACACCACCAACUACCGCUGUCUCUCAAUUCAAAAAGCCCGAGUCCAAGCUCGUGCAAACCCAUCAACGCGAUGCCUCCCCCUCCGGCCCAGGCAUUAUCCUGAACAACCACACCAGCAGCCAACAAACCUACGCCUUCUACAACAACUACUGGAACGGCAACGAUACCGCAGGCGCGAACUUCGACCAUCCGGAUCCCACCGUCCAAGUCGACGCCAACGGCUCACUCUUCGUAAGCCUACCCACAUCCUUCAAAGGGCGCGUCCAGCGCGGAACGCAGCUGCCGGCCACGUGGGUCGAGUUUCAGAUCGCCGCAUCCAACGACAAUGCCGCUCACGGGGACAUCAGCCUCGAGCAAGGGUGCGACGGGGCCGCUACCAUCAGCGCGACGGACGGAAGUGGGCGGUCGAACGGGUUCACGAAUGAUGUCUUGUCCGGGGCGCCUGCGGCCGCUAUACAGGAUAAGCCCGAUGGAACGCCCGCGUUGGCGACGACCGUGGGUAAUUGGAUGAGUGGGCCUAAUCAGGCUGCGAUUGGUUGGGAAAACCAGGCCGUGGGGCAGUCGAAGGCUUAUAUCCAAGGAGGUACUGGGGUGCCGGAUGUGGCGAGCACGAACCAGUGUUUGGCUGUUGAUUUUUAUUGA